UUUAGUCAAAGGAGAGAAAACAUGAGGCCUCAAGAGGAAGCAAUACCUGUAAUCCGACAUGACAUGCCUCCCGCUCCUUUCUCUGUGUUUCUGUUGUGUCUCUCCUCGCCACUCUCCUCUCAUUCCCUCCUCUCUCUUUGUCUGAGAACCCAUGGAUGACGUUCGACACUCUGAGACUCUUCCUCCCUCUUCCCAAUCGUCUUGUGCCAGAUUCCAGGACAUGGAUUCAGAGAAUCGUUCUAAACAAACAACUCCUGUCUCAGCUAGGAGAUUCCGGGCCGGUUUCUCUGAUUCCUUCUCUUCUCAUGAUUUGGCAUCACUGUGUCCUGAGGAGGAGAACACUACUUACUUCAAACACGACUCGGAAGACGAGUUCUCGAGAAACGGAGAAUCAGAACCGGCCUCUUCGGUGGUGAGCACUUCAGACUCAGAAGGUCAAUCUCAAUCUCCUUUUGGACCAAACAACGGUCACUGGCGUGGCUUCGUCCGUCUUCUGAAGAAAGGAUCGUCCGCAAUGCCAUUCAACACGUUCCCACCUUUGAAAAGCAUUCCCAAAUUGACCAGACGCAAAAGCAAACGCAUCCGCGAUGACAUGGUCCCUGUCCUUCCUGCUUCUGCAUUGGACACCGACGACUUGUUCUACUUCAAACCCACCUGGAGAAACUUCUCUCUUGCCGAUAUUCAAGCCGCUACAAAUUCCUUUAGCCGUGAGAAUCUGAUCGGAGAAGGAGGAUAUGCAGAGGUGUACAAGGGACAGAUGCCAGACGGACAGAUUGUGGCGAUCAAGAGACUGACGAGAGGUUCGGCCGAGGAGAUGACUAUGGAUUACCUCUCCGAAUUGGGGAUAAUAGUUCAUGUCGAUCAUCCAAACAUCGCUAAGCUCAUUGGAUAUAGCGUCGAAGGAGGAAUGCACCUUGUUCUCGAGUUGUCUCCCAAUGGAAGCCUCGCUUCUUUGCUCUAUGGGCCGAAGGAGAAAUUGAAUUGGGGCAUCAGGUACAGAGUUGCUUUUGGAACUGCAGAAGGACUUUACUAUCUCCAUGAAGGCUGUCAGAGAAGGAUCAUUCACAAAGACAUUAAGGCUUCUAACAUUCUUCUCACAGAGAACUUUGAACCUCAGAUCUCAGAUUUCGGGCUAGCGAAAUGGCUUCCAGAUCAAUGGACUCACCAUACUGUAUCAAAAGUCGAAGGCACAUUCGGUUACCUUCCACCAGAGUUCUUCAUGCACGGUAUAGUCGACGAGAAAACAGACGUAUAUGCAUACGGUGUGCUUCUUCUUGAGCUCAUUACCGGAAAACAAGCACUGGACAGCUCACAACAUAGCCUGGUGAUGUGGGCCAAGCCAUUGAUUACAGAGAACAAGAUCAAGCAACUCGUAGAUCCUAUGCUUGGAGAUGACUACGAUGUGGAAGAGUUGAGCCGUCUUGUAUUCACAGCAUCGUUGUGUAUACACCAAUCUUCCAUGAAUCGGCCUCAAAUGAGCCAGGUGGUGCAGAUUCUAAGGGGAGACAAGAGCAGUUUAGACGGGCUAAAAGAAAGACAGAAUUCCAAACUGCAAAGAACAUAUUCGGAGGAACUCUUGGACGCAGAAGAAUACAACUCCACUAGGUACUUGAACGAUCUCAGACGACAUAUGGAGACUGUUCUUGGAGUGUCUAACGACACGCAAGCAUCGUAGCUUCUUCCCUUUUAGCCGUUCCGACAACGUAUACGCACGUACGCAUACCGUAUACGUACAUAUGUAUACGUAAGUGUUCCACAUGCAGAGCGCAGAACAGGGGAAAAGAUGGAAACUUUGAAGGGUUCAUUCAUUGUUGUCCAAAGAGUGUUGUAUGGUUGCCUUCGUGUAUUUUCUGUUUUAUUGAGGAUGUUUUGCUCUCUUUUUUUUCCUUUUUUUGUUUUGUUUUGAACUAUUGUUGUUAUACGUCUUGUAUUUCGGAUUAUCACAGUGUAAGAGGUGUUUUGCUUUUGUUAAAAAAAAAA